AUGCCAAAGUAUUAUUGUGAUUACUGUGACAAGUUCCUGACACAUGACUCACCUUCGGUGCGUAAAACACAUUGCACGGGACGUACCCACAAAAACAGCGUCCGUGAAUACUACCAAAAGUGGCUCGAAGAGCAGGUCCAAAAGCUGGUCGAUCACGCCUCUGAGGCAUACAGACAAGGAAAGGUGCCUCCCCCCAUGUUUGGUGGCGCAAUGGGUAUACCCCCUCCGGGCAUGCCAGGAAUCCCGCCUGUGGGUGCUUUCCCCCCCCAAUUUCCUCCGAUGAUGCCGGCUCCGCCAAUGGGGAUAAGACCGCCCAUGGGCCCCCAGAACGUGAUGCCGGGUGUCGGUGUGCCUCCCGGGCCGCCGAUGCCUCCCACCUGGGGCCCUCCCAGGCCUGGUGCUCUCCCAUCCGUGCCAACCUCGGGGAUGAUGCCACCUCAACGGGGGCCGAUCCAGUGA